CAGCAGCCUCUGUCAUUGUGCGAGGCAGCACCUCUUUCGUGCGCUUCCUGUUUGUGCGAGGCGUCGGCGCGCCGGAGCUGCGCCACACACACACACACACACACGCACACACACACAGAGCUGCGUCGCGAUCCACCGGUGGCUGACUUCUCACUGCGCUGCUCCGCCGUGCCCAGGAUGUGGGUUCGCCCGUUCAACCAUGAUGUGGGUGGCGAAUGAAUGGCAGCGGCGCUGAGGCGGAGACGCUUCGCUUUUGGACUCGUCUAACACUCGCGGAGGGAAUGGAUGCUGGACAGUGAACUGCAGAACCUGAGAGGCCGACAUGCAGCACACCUCGUGCACGGAGGACCGGAUCCAGCACGCCCUGGACAGGAGCCUGGACGGGCUGAGGCAGAGCCCCACGGCGGCGCAGCACUGGAACGUGCUGAUGUGCUCAGCAGGUCACUCCAUGAACCGCUGGAGCCUGGAGGAGCUGGUGAAGAGAGACCCCGAGAACUUCCUCAUCCUCCUGAAGCAGAUCAUCGCGAAGACCCGAGAGGUCCAGGAGCAGUGUCAGUACCAGCUGGUGGUGCCCCUCGCCAUCAUGUUCACCUCCACGCUGCUUCAGACGCCGUACUGUCCCGCGGACGCGGAGCUGCUGGAGGAGGCCGUGGAGGUGUUCCGCUGCUUCCUCACCUGGCCCGAGCCGUACUGCAGCGUGUGUCGAAAGCUCCUCUCCACGCUCCAGCUGGAGAUCAAGGCUCCGGGUAUUUCCUUUCAGAGACUGGUGAGAGAGGAGCAGGGCCUCAACGCCGCCAGCCAGUGCUCCAAGACCAUGACGGUGCUGCUGAUGAACCCCGGCGAGGUGCCCGCCGACUUCCUCUCCGUGGCCGAGCAGCUCAGCCACGCGCCGCACUCGCAGAGAGAGACCUACGUCACGCUGAUCAAACACGCCUUCCAGUCCGCGCUGGGCCCCAAGUAUCCACUACACAGCAUCCACAGAGCCCUGCAGGGGAAAGCGCUGGACGACCUGCAGGAGAUCUUCACUGAACUGAGCCACGUCUUGGAGACGGCCGCCGCCAUGACUGACCCCCAGAAGGGGCGCAGUUAUGUGAUCCAGGGGCUGGAGGGGCUGCGGGAGAGGAUGAAGGUCUCAGCGUCCAGUGGGAGGAAGUCAGACGGAAUGCUCCAGACGCUGCCACUGCCGACACCCAAGUGUCACAUGUUCCACUGGGAGAAAGACAACUUUGACGUGCUGAACUCCCUCUUGGAGCACGACGCUGACGAUCCCAUCAACGGGCAGGCUGGGGAGGAGGAGGAGGAGGAGGAGGAGGAGGAGGAGGAGCAGGAGGUGGACAUUGACGGCGACGACGAGGACGAGGUGGACACGAGCGAGACGGAGGUCGAAGCGGAGGCGAAACGAGACAAGGGGGAGGAGGACCUGCCCCCGAUGUCCCUGAGCCACGCCGACCACCGCGCCUCCACCAUCUCCUCCCUGUCCACCGCCUCCAAGGACUCCAUGUUCUCCACUCUGUCCGUGGCGUCCGAGUGCUACGCUCCGUCCCUGUUCUCCGCCACAUCUGGGGUCGACAGCGACUACUUCGAGGACUCGGACGACUACAUCUGCUCGUCGCCGGUGGUGGAGAAAUGCUCGCCCAAGUCCGCCAAAACCUCCGCGCGCCUGAGUCAGCACUUUUACCGGCUCUUCCUGAAGCCCCGGAGCCCCCGGUCCCUGUCCAGGGCCAAGAGCCUGGGAAACACCGAAUCCAAGGACAUUUACAUCGUGCAGAAGCAGCGCUCCAACUCGCUGCCGCAGCAGGUCAGGCUGCAGAGCCCGGAGCCGGCGCCGCCGCCGCACGGCCAGACUCUGAGGCACGUGUGCUUCCGGCGGAGGCCCAUCCUCAGCAGCGACGAGGACGGCAGCAGCGCCACGCUGAGGGUGGUGGUGUUCGGCGCCGACCACGUGGCGGGGAAGGUGGCCCGCGCCUACAACAGCCUGCGGCGGAAGGAGAGCGCCUGCCCGCUGCUCAGCAGGCUCUUCAGGCUCCAGUUCUACUUCGUGCCCGUGAAGAGGGACUCCGCGCGGGACGCGGGCAGCCGCAGGUCCUCCGGCGCCGGGAUUCAGGCGUCCGGGAAGGCGUCGGCGCCGUUCACCCAGGACGUCCGCCUGGUGGGCGCCGGGGACAGCACCAACGACAUCGCCAACCUCCUGGGCAUGUUGGACCCCUGGUACGAGAGGAACACGCUGAGCCUGCUCAAGCUGCCCGCCAGCGUCGUCUGCCAGCAAACCUCAAAGAUUGAGUCCGAUUCGUACGACAAUUCAUACGAGCAGCGUCUGCCCAUUCUGGCCGACCUGGUCCUCUACUACUGUCGCUACGCGGCCCGGCCCGCUCUCAUCCAGCUGUAUCAAGCCGAGCUGACGCUAGCUUGUGGAGAGAAAAGGACCGAGGUGUUCGUCCACUCCCUGGAGCUGGGUCACACGGCGGGAACACGGGCCAUAAAGGCCAUGGGUGCUGCCAGUAAACGUUUUGGUAUCGACGGUGACCGAGAGGCAGUGCCUCUGAUGUUGGAAGUGAUGUAUAACAGGGUGGUGAUUAGUGGGAGAAGCCAGUGGAAAAGAGAAACCAAAGUCUGUACCUCUGUCAACUUAACCAAAGCCUGUAAAACCCCAGAGGAGCUAGACGCGAAGAUGGAGUGUCUGCAGUUCACAAUGACUGAGGUUCUGAAGCGACAGAACGGCAAGAGCAAGAAGGGCUUUAACCAGCAGCUGAGCGUGACGGAGGUGAAGGUGGACAAGGUGCAGGUCAGCGGCGCUGGGAACACGACCUUCGCUGUGUGUCUGGACCAGGACGAGAAGAAGAUACUGCAGAGCGUCACCAGGUGUGAAAUAUCUGUGUGCUACAAACCGGACAGCUCGACGGACUGGAGGCUACGGAAACCCCAGGCCUCGGCCCAGAUCCAGCCUCUCCACCCCACCUUCUGCUCGCUCCUCUGCCUCCCCAUCGUCACCUUCAGCGGGGCUCUUCCCUGACACUUUGUCCUGCAGUCGUCAUGAUGACGGACACACGUGGAGGCGGGCCGUUCGGCUUAGCCCGUCGCAGGCUACAACAGCAGAGGAGACCGGCUUUAUUUUGUGCAUAGCCGUCACCCGCUGUCGUUAGGGAACCCGCUCCUGCUGAAUUCUUCCUGUUUCACUUCCUUGUGGCCUUUACCACCGUAACAUUAAAAUAUGAUGAGAUGAAUAUUUUGAAUGUCAAGUGAGAUCUCAUGUAUGACAAAUGCUGUAGUAACCAGUAAUGUAAAUUAUGUAUAUAUGAUCCUGGAAUGACAGACCGAAGUCUCGAGUGUAGAUGCCUCACAUGGACACAGAGCAUCACUGGGAAUCAACCAGCCUUUCCAGAAGACAACUAUUUCUGAGAAUCUACACUAUCAACCUAUAUAUUAUGUACAGACUGUAUGUUAUUAAAUGUUAUAUUGCCUACAUUAUGUUUUAAUAAUAGCGUUUCUACCAAGGAGUUGCAAUGAAGUUAUGUUUUAACUAGUAAUGAGUCUAACCAGCAGAGGGCUCUGACGUUCCACUGACUUCGCUUGAAGUACAGAUUACUUUAAUCACACACAGUAGGGGGCCUUCAACUUAAGGUUCACUUAAGGUUUUGAUGUCUGUGAUGCAUCGUUUCUAAAAUUGUAUUUUAAUGUUGCAAGAUAUUAACCUCCAUUUAAUCAAGGGGCCAGAUGUUGUGGUGCUAAAAUACAUUAGAAUGUUCAAAACUAUCUGACAGCUGUUGUUUUAAGGCAGUAAAAAGCAUGACUUUCUGAUAACUGGACUUAGGUUAAGGUUGUAGAACAGCUUACUUAAUUUAAGAAACUAAAAAACUUGAAUAUUUGCUUAAAUUAAUGAGGUACUGUUUUGUUUUUGUUGUUUGUUCGUUUUUUGUUUUGCUUUUUUCAGAAUAAUACUUGGCACCAGUGCCCUGCUCUGAUGAAAUCAUUGCAAAUGCAAUAUUGUUUUUAGAAAUGUAUUGUUUUUCCAUUUAAUAUAUAUUGUGCAUUAUUCUAAAUUACCAUUCAUUAAAAUAUUCAGCCGA